UAAAAAGAUUGAAGUUCUUUGCUUGCUCCAUUUUUUUAUUAAUUUAUUUGGAGUUAUUUUUUGACAAUGCGAUUCGCUGUGUAUCGCAAAGAAGGAAAUGGGGUAUCAACCAACGAAGAAGGUGGGUGUUCGAAGAACAUCCUAGGGAAGAAGAAGAAGAAUGCAAUAGAAGAAGUGAGAGAUGGAAAUAAUGUGAAUGAAGAAUCAAUAUCCUCAUCUCCUAACCCGUCAAACGACCUUCAUACGCGUGUCAAGAGAAAGGCAAGUGUUGACGCGAUGAAGAAUAUUAUGGGAUCAAAUAAGAAGAGAAAGUUUUGGACGACAGAUGAAGAAGAUGUCAUGAGAAAGGCCGUCAGCGAGUAUGGUGAAGGCAAAGUGGAAACAGAUAAAGAACUCGUAUCCUGGAAUAUUUGGAGAGAGAUGGCCGAUAGACUUAAAAGACAAAUGGAGAAACAUGAAGGCCAAGGUGAAUUAGUCCAAUGGUUUCAUAUGAGCUACGAAGCCUACAAUCAUGUUUCUCCGGAUGCAUUCGAAGUAUAGUCAACGGAAUGAAGGUACUAUACUGAUAUAAUUAUCAUGAAUACAUUUAUUAGUUAGCGCUUCAAAAUGUGUAGCAGCCAAUGUGAAUAUUAAAUUUUGUUUGGAUGAUACAAUAUGUUCUCCUUCUUUUGUUUUCUUUACGUAUGUAAUUUUUUAUGCUUAGGUCGUUUGGGGGCAAAAAGAGAAAUGUUGAAAAGUUUCAGACGCUGUUAAUUAAUAACAGUAAUUAAUUCACUUAAGUCGAUGCAAAACUGGAGCUUUGCAUUCUAGUGCGA